AUGGCGCCACCUCAAAUUUUAAUCUUGGGACACUCCUUUAUUCGUCGUCUUGCUGGGUUUUUGCAGAAAAGGGGGCACGAACACCUCAUGGCCAAACUCUCAUCUCUAGGGUCCAUACGUUUUCAUGGUGUAGGUGGCCGCACAAUUGCGAAGGUUCGGAAGUUUGAUUUAGGCAUAAUUCGCCGUCUAAGUCCUGAUAUUAUAGUCUUGGAGUUGGGUUCUAACGACUUAACCAAACUGCCGGCACAAACCGUCGGUUCGGAGCUUGAAACUUUAGUGCGAUAUCUGCACGACGAGUUUAAUGUGAAAAGCAUUGCAGUAUGCCAAGUUAUUCGGCGGCACUCCCCUCAGUGUACUGCGUACAAUUUAAAAGUUACCAAACUUCAUUUGUAUCUUAAGGCUGUUCUCGAACCAAUACCUUACUGCUUGUACUGGAAACACAGGGGUUUCUGGAACUCCCGGGAAAACAAUUACUUGCCCAGGGUUCUCAAUAGAUUUUUAAGUAGGAGGUGAUCACUGAUAAAGUAGGAGGCUCUUCAGCAAAGCCAGAGGUGUCAAAACAAAGCAAAGAAAAGCGACUUAAACACAAAGUAAGCGGCUAUAAAUCCCAAAGUAAGUGGCGAUCAAUCGCCGGGUGCCGCCUUCUAUUGAGAACCCUGAACUUGCCGGAUGGAGUUCACUUAAAUGAUUUGGGCAACUUAAAGUUGUUUCGAAGUAUCCGGGGUGCAGUCAUUAAGGCCGCAGGCCUAGUGGGCUGAUAAUUUCACGAUUGUAUGAAUUCCCAAGUGCAUAAUUAUGUCGUUGUAAUAUAUAGUGACGAGUGAGGCAUUUUUCUCUUAUAGUCUGACUAGUGCCCAGUGCACUCAGGCCAUUAUAGGACGUUUGUCCUCAAUGUGUCCAUGCACCAUAUCCUCUAUAUUUUGUUUGUCGCUUGAGACAGGCCUGUCAGAAUUUUUGCCUCAAGUCACAUGUUUAUUUUGUGAUAUAGUGAUACCCGACACAUAAUUUUUGCGCCCGGUGAACGUUGGUGCGCCUAUCUCUAUUGUUUUGUGUCCAUGUAUCAUAUAUCCACAUUUUUCCUCUAUUGCAUUCGAUCCGUUGCGUACACCAAAAUUUGGCCGGCUGACUGCAACCCGUUUUUACUCUCUUUACUAUGCUUUGUUUAAUUACUUAUGUUAGGGGUCUUAGUCAUGCGUUACUGGUCAUUAAUGUUGUGCGGUUUAUUUAAGUCAUGCCUCCUAAGAAAAUCAGCUAAACAGGCGGGUAGGUCAGCUGCCAAGAUCACAAAAACGAGCGACCCCAUCCUCUAGUGCCUCGAGUGACCUGGCCGAGGUUUCAGCAGCGCAACAAACAGCUGAACCUGUGAACCUCGUGGACUUAACGAGCGUGGUCACAUUGGCAGUGACAGAGGCCCUGAAAGCAGUUGGAGUUGGGCAAACGACCCCAUUAUCCAGUCCUCCCACGGUUAACCAAAGUCCUUGGCCUGUAGAUGCCUCAGCCACAGUGGAGACCGCCACAGCUGCCGAGAUAGUCAGCAUUUCAUCCCUGUCGGCGGGUAUGUCAAUCUCAAAUUCCAAUGACAAACCUAGUGAAGUGAACUUCACGAGCGUAGCAAUUGAUUUGGAGGCACGGGUGUCGGCUAAGCUCAAGGCAAAGAUCUGGGCCGAUGAAUACAUUUAUUUUGGGGCGCUACUAUCGUCUUUUCCCGACGAUGAUAAAUUUAUUCUCUCUUUUAAUUGCCUCGAGCCAUCCAAACCAAAGCCUAAGUUUUUAUCCUUGGGGCAAUGGCAGACGGCUUUUAAUACCUUUGUGGCUGUUUAUACAGUUAAAUACCCGCUAAAGGUUGCGGCUUUGCUUAAAUAUUGUGAAGUUGUCAGAGAUAUUGCUAAUAAGUCGGGAAACUGGCGUUAUUACGACCAGCAAUUCCGCUAUUUGCGUCAAACAAAUCCAGAGAAAUUUCCCUGGGACAGGGUAAUGUGGGAACUUUGA